AACAAGUUGAAGUCAUCGCAAAAAGAUAAAGUUCGGCAGUUUAUGAUCUUCACGCAAUCUAGUGAAAAAACAGCAGUGAAUUGCCUCUCCCAGAAUGACUGGAAGCUAGAUGUUGCAACAGAUAAUUUUUUUCAAAAUCCUGAACUGUAUAUACGAGAAAACAUUAAGGGAUCACUGGACCGAAAGAAAUUAGAGCAACUAUAUAAUAGAUACAAAGAUCCUCAAGAUGAGAAUAAAAUCGGCAUAGAUGGCAUACAGCAGUUUUGCGAUGACUUGGCACUAGACCCCGCCAGCAUUAGUGUCUUGAUAAUUGCCUGGAAGUUCAGAGCUGCGACGCAGUGUGAAUUCUUAAGGCUGGAAUUCAUGGAUGGGAUGACAGAACUUGGAUGUGACAGCAUAGAAAAGCUAAAGGCCCAGCUUCCUAAAAUGGAACAAGAAUUGAAAGAGCCAGGAAGAUUUAAGGACUUUUACCAGUUUACUUUCAACUUUGCAAAGAAUCCAGGACAGAAAGGUUUAGAUUUAGAAAUGGCCAUUGCCUAUUGGAACUUAGUACUCCACGGAAGGUUUAAAUUCCUAGACUUGUGGAACAGAUUUUUAUUGGAACAUCAUAAAAGAUCUAUACCGAAAGACACUUGGAACCUUCUUUUAGACUUCAGUGCAAUGAUAGCAGACGAUAUGUCAAAUUAUGACGAGGAAGGUAAUGUUGCUGCUUGAUGCCAUUGGAACUCUUUACCCAAGAGUUCAUACUUUAACAGAUGUUCCCGGCUUGGCUUCCCAGCUCCCAAUUUUUUAUUUUUAUUUUUCCCC